AUGUCCGCUCUCCCGACGCCCGUAGACUCUGGAGCGAGCAACGGUGCAGUUAGCCCAUCAACAGCGUCUGCUGCCGAGCCACAGUACCCCGACUGUUCAAAUUGGUCAUCCAUCCUCCGUGAUCUGCGCAAAGUCAACGCGCCUCUGGAUUGUGCCCACAAGGCCGGAAUUCCUGUACCGGGCGAAAACAAGGCUGGACCCCGGCUCCUGUACGGCUGCAGACCUGCGGCGUCCAUGGAUGAGCUGCUUCACGCACUCCCGCCGCGGCAUCUGACCAAUCGGAUGGUGUCAUAUUACUUUAAUGGACUGGACCUGUCCUCAGCCAUCAUCCAUGGACCGGAAUUUUUGAAAGAGUAUGAUAAUUUUUGGAAGUCGCCAGAGAAUAUUGCACCGCUAUGGCUGGCAUUAUUAUACGGGAUGCUUUGUACAGCAAUUCAGUUUCAAAAAGCCAACCCAGAAAGUUCAGUGCUUCCCGGCGAAGAUCUGGACAUGUCACUCAACAUUUACCGAGAUAAGCUCUGUCAGUGCCUCAUGUUUGGCAAAUACACCCAGGGCGGACCAUAUGCCAUUCCAGCGCUCAUCCAUUACAUCGUGAUUGAACUUUUCGACAAGAAAGACGCCGAUGACGGCACGUGGCUAGUAAUGGGCCUGGUUGUCAACAUUGCGCGCCGAAUGAGAUAUCACCGAGACCCAGACCUGAUCGGAAAUCUCUCUCCGUACGAGUCGGAAAUGCGGCGUCGUUUGUGGCGGUCCCUACUCGUCAUUGACAGCGCACUGUCGGAAUCCGUCGGCGCAGAACGACUUAUCCGAGAGUUUGACGCUGUGCGCGAGCCCCGGAAUCUGCUCGACACCGACUUUGAUGCCAGCACGACGGUGCUGCCGCCUCCGCGACCUGACACGGAACCUACACCGAUGCUCUAUUGUGUGGCCAAGGGCAAGUCCCUCACGGUCUUUGGCAUGGUGACGGAUCUAGUGAGCAAGCAACCAUGUGACUAUGCCAAUGUCUUGAAAUACGACUCGAUGAUCAGCGAAUCACUGGCGAAAAUGCCAAGCUGCUACAAGUGGCGGCCCUUGGAGCAGUCCAUUACAGACUCACCCCAGGUCAUUUGCCGGAGAAUGUACCUCGAGAUUGUCUAUCUCAAGGCUCGUAUCGUAUUGCACCUAAAGUUUACCAUGCCUCAAAAGGAUCAAGAUCGAUACGCCUUCUCGCGCAAGACAUUGUUUGAAUCUGUCUGUAAACUUCUCGAGUUUCAUCACAUCUGCGACGAGGAAACGCAACCGUCUGGGCAGCUCUACGCUGCGAGGUGGAGAUACUUGACCGCGGUUCAUCAGAAUUUCCUGCUUGCGAGCAUUGCCGCCUGUUUCUAUCUCGAACACAACAAGGCGACCAUGGAUAAGGACGACUUGGAACUGUUCAAGAGACUUUGUCGAAGGUCACAGGGAAUCUGGAUUCGUACGAGUAGAUCCUCGACGGAAGCGGCCAAAGCUUCCGAGGCUUUGAGAGUCUCUCUAGAUGAGACGGACGAGACAAACACGAACCUUGAGAGCUCGACGCAGCCGGAGCUCCCCAUGCCACUGGAUACACCAACCGAUAUUUGGGACUAUCAAUGCCUACCCAGCUACUUUGGAUCAUUCGACCUGCCAUUUUCUUAUUCCAACCUGUUUGACGGCCUUGCCGUGCCCCCAGUAGGACCCGAGCCCGCAGACAACCUACUCGUGAUGCCAUUGGCUGGACAAGCGGAGAUAUUCACAGCGCCAACGAAUUGGAGUUCAGUAGACCAUCGAUGUGCCCAAUGA